GUCGCGAACGCACAGCUCGGACACUUCAGCCUUCUUCUUCGCUUGUCCCGCUGCUUGCAGCGAUAGGUUUCUUUUUCGGUUGCCUUGAGUCACGUCGUUUUGCGACGACUCCCAUGGAGGACUCUUCCCCUGCUGUCCCUUCUGAGACUCUGGCAACGACUACGACUGGGAACAUGAGCCUGCUCGAGGUCCAAAGCGAGCAGCUCGCCAUCAAGCUGCAGCAGGAGGCGUCCGGCAGUGGCGACGCCGGCAACAGCACCGACGGCGACGCCGGCGUCAAGGACGACGCAAGCGGUGCCGGACGACAGCAGUGGCCAAUCCCCACAGCACAAGAUUCCUCUUCGUUCUCGCAGACCCCGAACGCGUCUCAGGGCGCAUGGGGGGUUCCCGGACGAAGCGCUGCCGACCUCCUACGCUCCGCCAACGCAUCUGCAGCUGCUACGCCCGCCUCGUCUCAAGAACAAUCAUCAUCUCCGCCUGCUCAUACCACCGCCGCUCGCUCCUCCGCCGCCGCCGCCGCCGCCGUCGACCUCGCGGUCGUGCCGCUAAGCGCCGAGUCGAUCGGGGCACUGGUGGGCAUGGGGAUCGACCAGGCGUGGGCGGCGGCGGCGCUGCGGCGCUGCGGCGGCAACGACGUGGGCCGGGCCGUGGAAUACUGCUUCUCGCACGACAUGGGGGCGUUAGCCGAGGAAGACGCGAGGGCCUUCGAGGCGGCUACUGCUGCUGACGUGUUCCAGCAGCAGCGCCAGGACAAUGAGACCCAGCACCAGCAGCCGGACGCAGACAGUGACAUGGCCUUCGCCCUGGCGCUGGACCAGGAAGAGAGAAGGAUGUUCGAGGCGCGCCGCUCCACCGCCGCGGCCACCCUGGCCACCGAACAGGGCACCUUCGGCUCCAAGGUCAGGGUCGCCGCCGCCACCGCCCCCGCCGCCCCCGGGGGCACCGGCACCGGGCCCUCCGGGGGGGGGGGGUCCCAGAACCCCCCCCAAAGAUGGGGAGUUGCCGAUGCGGAGGGUUUCAUGGACGACGGUGGUAAAGAUCUAUUGUCCCAGGACACUGAGUUGCGCGAGGAUGGGGAUAAAGGCGAUGGUUUGGAGGAGGGGGAGGGGGGGGGGGGGUUUCGGGCUGUCCCCGGGGGGGGGCGGAGGAAGGGGAAGAUGCCGCUCUUUAAGAACUCCGAGGGGGAGGUGGUGUCGAAGCACGACGCCGUCAUUUGCGGGAGGAUGAACGCGCGAGACGCGUCCAACUUGGAGGGAGUCGGAGACCUGACGGCGGCCGGGGUGCGCCUCGGCAACCGCACGUUCAACAGCCUUAAGCGUGACAUCCGCAAGAAGAAGGAGAAGGGCAUGGCCGCCGGGGGCAGGGUCGAGCAGGCCACGAGGUCUACCCAGGAAGGGGUCAUGGACCCCCGCACAAGGCUGCUCCUGUUCAAGAUGCAGAACAACGGCACUCUUUUGGAGGUUCACGGGAUGGUUAAGACAGGGAAGGAGGCCCAUGUUUACCACGCUCUCGCACCCGAAGACCCCGAAGCCAUGACGGGUAGCCGAGGUGUCGCGUUGAAGAUUUUCAAGACGACGCUCAGCGAGUUUGGAAACCGUGCGGCGUACGUUGACGGGGACCCUCGGUACGGUAACAUGAGAUUCAACAAGCAGAGCCGGGAGAAGAUGUUCGCCAUCUGGGCCAAGAAGGAACACCGCAACCUGCUCCGCCUUCACCGCGCCGGCAUCCCCUGCCCGGAGCCGAUAAAGCAGCGGGAGCACACACUCGUCCUGUCGUUCAUCGGCAAGGACCAUUGGCCCGCGCCGCAGCUGCGGGAGAUCGACCUCUCGAAGGCGAACUGGCGCAGGUGCUACGCGGAGGUGCUUGAGCUGGCGCGGUUGAUGUUCGUGAAGUGCCACCUGGUACACGCAGACCUGUCCGAGUACAAUGUGCUCUAUCACGAAAAGGUGUGCCACGUUAUCGACGUGGGCCAGGCUGUGGACACCGGACACCCCAAGGCCCGAGAGCUCCUCCGCCGUGACAUGUCCGUGGUAGAGUCCUUCUUCAGGCGAAAGGGAGUAACCGGCUGCCUCGAGGCAGCGGUGGCGGAGCGUUUCGUAGUGGCCUACCGCGGCCCUUCCUCGUGCGACCACGACGCUGCUGCUGCUGAUGUAACUGUCGAAGGCGGUGGUGGUACGGGCGAGGAAGACCGGCCCCUGAGCGGUGUGGAGGUCAUCCUGGAGUUGAUGGAAACGCCAGGGAUUGGUGCCGACGACAGGCUCCAGGCGGCGUGCGCGGCGGCGGAACCUUGGGCCUCCCGCCAAUCAAAGCAGGGUUCCCGCAGCGACAACGAUGACAACUUGGUCUCAAGCGAAGAAAGCGAACACGAACACGAGGAGGAGGGCGGCAGCCAUUCCGACUGUGCUGAGGAAGAGGAGGGAGUUGGAGAAGAGGAGGAGGCUGGUUGGACGAUGGUCGAUGUCGAGAGGGAGGAGGGGAAGGGGGACAAGGUGGAGCUGAGCGAACGAGAGCGGGCAAGAACGGCGGCGGAGAAAGAGGCGCUCAAGGCUGGAAUUUUCUGAGAAGAAUAUGCUGAUGCUGACUUUUUUUUCUUCAAGCAGUGCUUAACAUGUAGCGUAACACAUUGCGUGCCUGAUCGAACUUAUUGUUGGUUGAUUUUUGUUUAAAGCUGGGAGAGGUUGCUGUUCGUAAAGAAGGUGUAGCUGCGUGCUGGGGGACACAUGUGUGUGUUUGAGUGGAAGGAGUGAGAGAGCAUUCCAGCCGAGAACGUGAGUUCACUGCUGUUGAAUUCAAAUUGUAUGUAGGUUCUUGGUCUAUUUUGCUGUCGUGCCUGGUUUGUGGAGAGCGCUACUUAUACAGAGUAGUUCAUUUGUACACACUUUUUGAGGAAAGAGAGUGCUUCCCUCCUCUCGCGUUGAAAUUGUGGGGCAAGCAUCGCAGGAGGGGUGGGUAGGGGACCUCAGGGAGAGGAAACCUUAGACGCUACCACGGAUUGGAGAGAGCUCCUACCGGGCAGAAAUGCCAUGUGUGAGCGCUGACGUAAAGCGAUCGGUAAAAAGUAAGGAGUCGUGUAAAUACUCCCCGUGUUGUUGAUGCAGGCCGGGAGUUCGAAAGACGGCUAGCACCUAAUUUUUUGUAGCCAUGUUCUAAGAGGACGGUCGUCGUGGCGAAACCGCGGGACCGCUGAUUUGGGACGACGUAAAAUCAACGGCAUGUAGGUACGUUUUAGCUCGAGACGUUCCAGCAUGACGGCUCUCGGUCGGGCAGGACCGUGGGACACCCCGCCUUUACCCUAUACCCCAGCCGGACUAAGAGGGGGACAAGUAAGAUUUCUAUCGCGCGCGAGGAAGACCAGACAGCGAUGUCGGCUGUUUAGAUUACAAGCAAAGGUCUUGGAACCACCCUCAACCUUAGAUUUGUACAACAGAACACGAGGGCAAAAGUUUUACGUAGAUAUGCUGCAGCCACGACUGAGCCCGUCUUCCAGGGUAGCUUCACCUCGAAAUGAUUGUCGGAACACCUCUGGGCAAGGUAGGGAACUUCACACCUGUG